UCUCUCUCUCUCUCUCUCUCUCUCUCUCUCUCUCUCUCUCUUUAUAUUGCUUUGGUUCUUUGUAAUACAUGAUAUAAGCAAACCAUACUUUAUGUAGAAAGAGGGGGAAGAUUACAAAAAUAUACGGGCAAAGCUUUAUAUAAGUGGGUAUGCAUGAAUUUGAAUGUACAUAGGAAAUUUCACAUGGGGAAAAGAGCUAGAAUGAAUCUAUAUAGCUUUGUAUUAAGGUCAUUGCGAUAUUUCAGGUAACGAUUGGUGUUGUUUCAGCAGAGGAAAACAUUAUUCGUGUGACUAAUUAGCAAGUCAAAUCCUUUGCCUUCCUGGCUAAUGAAUGGUUAAUUUGUUUUGGAGACUGUAGGUUUUUAUGCCCUUGAUUCCUGGCUGAAAAUGCAGUGUAAACAACUCUAAUAUUGUGAGUGGUGCCUUAGAGAUGCUCAGAAGAGAGGAUCACUGGAGAAGGAUGCUAGUGGCUCUGAUGCCGUUGAUUGCAUGUAACUUAUUUAAAGGAGACCUUGACAAGUUGGAAAGUAUCUCGUCACUAAGGAAACUGCUUCAGAAAACUGCCGCUUUAUUAAUGUGCUUGGUCAGAUUUGAAAAGAGAACUCUUACAGACUCUUCCUAAUUCAAAAGAAAUCAUAUUUCUAGAAAGAUUCAAUUACUGUAAUGAUGUUCUUUGGAAAUAAUUUGCCCCCCCCCCCCAUUUGGGGCAUAUAUCUUAAUAUAGUUAAAGUAUCAAGGUACUUUGGAGGUUUUAAUAAAAUUUUACUUACCAGAGGGAUGAUGACAUUGAAAAUACUUAGUCUGCAUAGUUAACUAAUUCUUCCUUAAAAUGGAGGGUCAGGGUAGCAGGAGGAAGUCCCAGAACAUCUUAAAUCUCUGUUUAUGUGUAUUUUCCAAAGCCAGAUCUUACUUAUGAUUAAAAGGGCUGUGUAGAAAAGGUAUUAGUCAGACACCACAUAUAGUAUUUCUGAGAGAUGGGUAGGUGAGUACUUCAAUGCAUUUCACUUGAAAGUAUGGAGAACUAGGCUCCAAAAUUUGAGACACAUGGUGAAGGCUUUAUCAUUGCUUUGAAGAAGGCACAAGCUAGGGAUGCUUAGCAAUACUCGGAAUCUAAAUUUUGAGAGAAAAAUGCAAUGAAAUUCUUGUGUUUACUGCAUGUGGACGUUUGGUUUAUAUUUUUAAGAAGGAAUUGAGUGAAAACUCUCAUUGCAGUUAGCCCAUGGUGUAAUGAAUGUUAAAAUUAGGCUGUCAGCACUUGUCUGUGCAAUUUUAUGUUUUUACUCUUAGACAAAUUAGGAAGUGUUCUGAAGAGUGGCAUGCAAGUAUUAAGAUAAUUAAAGAAUUAUGUAAGGACAAACUUACGGAUCUAAAUAUUGAGCUGGAUCUGGCAUAGUUUGGUCCCUGGGAAGGCUGAAAGAAUAGUGAUCUUACAUGGCCAUAGCUUUUGUGAUUCUCUUCUCUUGAUGGCAUAGGAGAGGAUAAAAGCCCUAGAUAAGAGCUGUUCAAAGAGGGGAUAAUGCCAUUUAUUUUGGGUACUUACAUCUCAUGCAGAGACCCUUCCAACUACUCCAGGGAGGCUUUUUAAGUUUGAACUAGAUUGCCUGGAAUGAAAUUUAGCUUAGUGCCAUUUCCCCAUCAGUGAAAUGGGCAUAAUGAUCCUUCUAAGGUGGUUAUGAGAAGCAGAUGGAAUAAUGAAUGUGAAAUGCUGAGUAUACUGUUGGCACAUUGGGAACAGUCGUGAAGAGUGGUUAUAGAAAGAAGUAGCAGUGUUGAUUUAGUAUCAUUUCCCGGGGCUGCAGAGGGGUUGCUGCAUAAUUGACUCUAGAAUUUAAUAUUUGAGUCAAUGGGUCAUUCCCCCUUCCUCUCCUAGUUAGUGUUGCCUAGGAGCUUGAGGCUAACACUGUCACACUUGCUUCUCCUCUACCCUAGACAGACCUUUGAGUUACCAACGUUAAAGAGGUCACUUGCAAUUAUUUUUGGAGAUAAUGAUGAGAUAGAUAAUAGGGCGAGGGAGGAGCUUUCCAAGUGAACUUGUAAAAUAAAUUUAUGCAUUUGCUUAACUAGUUUCUGUUAAUGUCUUUAGAAGUAUAGUCUUGAUAACAGGAUGUUAAUUUUUGGUUUUCACAAAAUUUACAUCCUUUAGGAUUUAGAAAUAGGGUCUAGUAUUUAGACUGUGGAAAGGAAGCAGUAAUACUAUUUAUUCAGCUUUUCAGGCAUUCAGCAUUCCCAAGGCACCCAAGGCACCAAGAGCAAGAAAAACAGAUUUGAACCUUUUGCUUGCAGAAUGCAUGUUUGCUGGUAAGAGGUAAACCUAUCAUUUAAAUCUUUACUAAGUGCUCUGCGGGAAAAAUGUCAAGGGCAGUGCUAUAGUCUAGGUGUGUGUCCCUCCGAAACUCCUGUUGAAACUUAAUCCUUGGAGUUGUAUGUUAAUGGUAUUUGGAAAUGGGGCUUUUGGAAGUCAGAAUAAUGAGGUCAUAAGGCUGGGGUCCUAGGAUUGUAUUAGUGGCUUAUUAGGAAAAGACCCAAGUCACUAGGCUUGCUCUCUUGCCAUGUGAUACCUCUUUGGGACUUUCCAGAGAUUCACCACCAGCAAGAAGUCACCACCAGAUGCUGAGUAGAGCAAUAUUCUUAGAUUGCUUAGCCUCCAGAACCAUGAGAUAAAUAAGACUCAAUUCUUUAUGAAUUAUCCAGUCUUUGCUACUCAGUUAUAGCAACUAGAAAUGCAUGAAGGUAGAAAUAAGGAAUUAGAAUCUAUGGGAUAGGAGGUGAGGAAUGCUUACAUAAGGAAGUGAUAUGAGGGAAGAAUGUUUAAUGCAGAAUAAACAGCACCUGCAGGGACCCUGAAUGUGACUGUGUGUGUGUGUGUGUGUGUGUGUUUUUCAGGGAGAACAAAGAAGAGAGCAGGUACUUUUGAAGAAGGGGGCAAGACAGUAUGAAUGAGGCCGAAGCAGUAGGUCUGUUAUGAGAAACAUUUUUUUUCUAUGUAAGGCUAUGGUUUCAGUAGAACUCUUAAUUAUUUUUGAAACAUAUUACCUUAGAGUUUUUCAGACUACUCUAUUGAAUUAUAAAAAUGAUAUUUGUAAUCUUUUAUUAACUGAUCAAAAAUGAAAACAGUUUUACCAUGAUAGAUUAAUUUGCCAGCUCUUUGUAUUAUAGUCUGAAUUUAAAAUACUUUGGAUUAAUUUCUUUUUCAAAUUGAACAGAUUUCUGUUUAAAAUACAUGUCACGGAUACUUCUAGCUAUCAUAAUAUCACACCCACACACCCACACACAGUCACCCCUUCAGUUUUAAUCCAUAUCUAUAGAAGAGCUGCGGGGACCGAUUGCUUCAUAUUUCUCACAUGGAAAGGUCACCAAAGUAUCUGAGAGUCCCUGAGCCCAGCUCUGUGAGGUUGUGAUAUACACUCUGCAGAGCAGUGGCAGGAAGCAGCCUCUCCCUUGGAUUGCUCUCUCAAGGUCAUUUCAAGGACUUGGUGGGCAGUCCUCUUCCCCAAGUACAUAGUAUUAUUCUCUGUUUUUCCUUGUCUCCUUCUCUCUCCAGUGUUCCCCAUGGUUAUUUCGCAGAUUUCAUAAGUUUUUUCUUUUUAUUUCUCAAGUCCAGACCCUAAAGUGCCAUCAACCCUGACUUAGGUACACCUGGCUGGUUUUGUAUUGCAUAACUGUGUUUGCCAGAUGGGCACAACCUUUCCCCCUUCAUGGUUCUCCCAAGGUAUUUCCUCCAUCUUGGUAUACAGAAUGCUCUCAUCUCUGCCUUCACUUUCUCUUAUCAGUAAGGUUGCAGAUAAGGGAAACAGCCCUAGCUACUAUAAGCAGAAAGAGCUUUAAUAAGGGAAUUAGUUGCUCAGGAGAAGGUUGGAAGGGAAAGUUGCUACUUAUAAGAGAUGAGAGGAUCUUGGCUAAGCCUCAUGAGGUGAUUCUCAGGCAGCUUGCCUGAACCUGCCCAGGUUUGCUCCCAUUACUGCCACAGGCUAGAGGCUGGGAAUGAGAGCCACUGGAACUGCUGACAUCAAAAGCACACUGUUUGGCUGUAUUCCAUUGAUCAGAGAAGCUGCUGCAAAGUGCCAGGAAGCUAGUGACUGACCAUUGCUACCAACAACAAAAACCAGCUAGCAAACAUCAUCCUUAGAAACCCUCCACCUCCCUUCUUCUCCAUCUCAUCUUAUUGGCAGAACCUAUUCCAUGCCCAGAGUCCUGGGGGCAAGGGACUCUGGGAAAUGUAAUUUUUAGGCCUCUAGCCAGAGUUGUGAAAUAAUGUACAGUUGAAGGAGGUAGAAACAAAUGUUAAGUUACAAACCAUCAUAUCCAACACAUCUAAAAUACAGUUUAUUGGAGAUUUAGAAUACUUAAUUUGAAGCAGGUUGAGAUUGAUUUUGGAAGAUGUGUUAUAAAAAUCAAAACCAACCUAGCAGCUAGUAUGGUAGCACGCACCUGUAAUCCCAGUAGCUCAGGAGGCUGAGGCAGGAGGAUCCUGAGUUCAAAGCCAGCCUCAGCAAUUUAGCAGGGCACUAAACAACUCAGUGAGACCCUGUCUCUAAUAAAAUGCAAAAUAGGGCUAGGGAUGUGGCUCAGUGGUUAAGGGCCCCUGAGUUCAAUCCCUGGUACCCCCCCAAAAAAAAACCUAGUUACUAACCAGUUACUCUUUCAAACAGAUGGAUAUUAUAGAUUACAAUUACUAGAAUAAGCAUUAAGUAAAUAAACAAAAAAAUCAUUUUAAGUAAAAAUAAAUUUUUAAGUAAAAAAUAUUCCUUUGAUUUGGAUUAGUAAUCAAAGUAAAAUAUUUUAAAAAAUGAUUUUUAAAAUGGUUCCCCCCACCAACGCUCCAGAUAGCCUACCCAUUUCAUGAAUCAUAAUGCAAAGAAAGAAUAUAGUACUAUUAUAAAUAAUAGUCCUGACUGGCUAGUUUAUUUAUUAGAUGUAUUAACUGUGUACUUGUGUUUUUGCUGAAUCUGUCUUUUCUCUAACUUUCAUAGUGUUCUUUUUAAGGAUUACAAAGAUAGACCUGAUCUAUUUAUUAUAGAUUAAAAUAAGAGUAUGCUUGAAUUUACUCCAAUCACUUAUUUUAUACCCUCACACCUGUUCAAUUCCCUUUUUUUACAAACCACUAAUGUGAAUAUGAUUGGAUCUCUUCUAUUCCUGGGUAAUAAAUUAUCAGUUUAUUUGCACUCAGAAAGUACAUGAGUAUAUCUAAGAAUAGUCUUGAUUGUUGGAUAAAAAUCAUCUUGAAUUUGCCUCUGAUGCUUGGAGUUAGAAAAGGACAGAAGGAUAUCUUAAGGAAAUGGACUAACUUAGUGAAUUUGUCACUGUUUGCAUGCAUUUUCUUAGAUUGAGUUUUAGAUCUCAGAAGGUAAGAUUAUUCAUCUCUUGUUAGGUGAUGAAAGCAUUUUAGUGCAGAAUUACAAAUGCUGCUGGGAGCAAAUUAUACUAUAAUAUGACUGCAUUUUGGGGUUCAGUAGUGAUAAUUUUGGCUCACCCCAAGCCACCCCAGAUUAACACAUGAAGAUAAAACAAUGCUCGUACUCUGUAAAUGCAGCUUUAAGUCUUCUAUCCAGGGAGUAACUGAACCGAAUAUUAUUCGAUCAAAUAAAGGAGAGUAGGAGUAUUCAUCUUUGUGUUAUAGUAAUGCAUGAAUGCUCUCUCCCUUCAGGCACUUUUUCCCUUUGAUUCCAAUUUGUACAAACAUUGGAGGCAAGACCCUGGGUUUCCCUUACUCCAGGUUAUAAGAAUGAUAAAUUCUUGUUUUCUCCUGCUGCAUGGAGCUUGGUUAAAAAUGAAGUUCUAGUACAAAAUUUCCUUCUGUGGAUUGAAAAUCAAAAUUAUCUUUUAAUUUGCUAAGUAGUCUAUAAAAAUUUUUUAGAACAUCCCAAUCUGAAAUAUCUCUCAGGUUAGAUCAUUGAUGAGCCAUAUGGAAGGGGGGGAGCUAGAUAAAGGGAACAUGCAUAUUUUUUAAGACAAAAUUUGAGGAGAAUUAAGCAAAACUAGUAUUUGAACAUCACUGAAUGAUUUGUUUACUUGGCAAUUCAAGAAGUGGAUAUUAAGAGCAUAUUGUGUAUGGUCUAUGGGGUAGAUAACAAAGGGUUGUGAUAGUGGGCUCUCUUGUAAUAAUAAGCACGAAGAACAUGGCUUCGUCAAAUAGAAAGUGGCAUAUUCUGUCAUUGCAAGGUGAAAGAUGGAAUUAUUUCAAACAAAUAUAGUUUUGACCUCAAAGAAUAGUUGCUCAUAUUCUUAACAAAAAUUAAAAGGUAGCUAAGAGGCAAAAAGUAACUGCAGUUCUUAUGUUUGUUUCUUCGACCCACAGAAAUUGAAAUAGGUGAGCUUGUUGAAAAUCAAAGGGCUUUAGUAUUUAAAGAGGUAAUGUGUUUGUAAGAGAUGAGGACUGCUUUUGGUACUCUAAUCAAUGUUCAAAAAGUAAUCAGAUAUCCUUAAAAAAUUCUCAGACUCUGUAACCACUCACUGGACAUCAAAUUUAGAAUUAGAGUAAUUCAAGAAAAUACAGAGACAGUCAGAAUAAGUCAUUCGUAAACAAAGAUGGCAAUGAAAUGAUUUAUGCAGUUAUGAACUAGAUCUAAGGUGAACAUGUCUACAGUGACCAACUUGUUGUCUAAACCAGGACACACUGAGAAUAAAGAGGAUAGUACUAAAAUUUGCCCUGGGAAAAGAAGUAUAAGUGAAGACUACUCAGAAAACUUUUGAGUGAUCAAGACUUAUGGAUGUCCAAUAUUGAGGUGCUAGUUAUCUCACAGGAUUGCAUUAAUUUUAAUAUUGACUUUUAAAAAAAAGGCCAUUGUGGUGAGAUAUGCAUAACUUAAAAUAUAUUAUUUUAACCACUUUUAAAGUACACUUCAACAAACAGCAUGAAGUACAUUCCCAUUGAAUAACCAUCACUACCAUCCAUCUCCGGAACUUUUUCAUCUUCUCAAAGUUGAAUUCCAGACCCACUUAACAAUAACUCCCACUCCCCCUCCCCCUCCCCAAGGUCCCUAGCAACACCAUUCUACCUUCUGUCUGUGUGGCUUUGACUAUUCUAGGAAUCUUACAUAAGUGGAAUCAUACGGUAUUGGUUGUGUUGUGACUGGCACAUUUCGCUUGGCAUAAUGUCUUUAAGAUUCAUCUGUAUUGUAGCAUGUAUUAGAAUUCCAUUCCUUUUUAAGGUUGAAUAAUAUUCUAUAAUAUGUACCUACCAUACUUUGUUUACCCAUUCAUCUGUAGUUGAACAUUUCGGUUGCUUCCACCUUUUGGCUACUGUACAUAAUGCUGCCCUGAACUUGGGUAUAUAAAUAUCUCUUUCAGUUAUUGCUUUCAGUUCUUUUUGGUAUAUUCUCACAAUAUUGAUUUUAUUUUUUAAUAUUUAUUUUUUUGGUUUUCGGUGGACACAACAUCUUUAUUUUAUUUUUAUGUGGUGCUGAGGAUCAAACCCAGCACCCCACGCAUGCCAGGCAAGCGUGCUACCGCUUGAGCCACAUCCCCAGCCCACAAUAUUGAUUUUAAAUAAAGAAGUUCAAAAUGGAAGAAAAAGAAAAAAAAAUUCUUUUCCUCUAUAGGAUCUUUCUGAUCAUGUUUCUCCAGCACAGUAUUGCUUCAGAUUGGAGCCCAGCUCAGCCUUUGCAGAAUUCAUCAGAAACAGCAGAUGUUGCAGAUAACCUCAAGAAACUUCCUGCUGCAAAAAGCAUCCAAGGUCUCAAAUUUCAUCCCAACACAGAAAGGAAGCUCUUUUUUCUGUCAUAACUACCAGUCAUACACAGACUACAGAUGUUGCUGGGGGAAAGGGCAGGCAUCUUAAAUAUCUGAUUCUAGGUCAGGCAAGUGGCCUUCAAGAGCACCAAAAACUAGAACAGCAUGAGGUGGAAUCCAGAAUAUUCCACGUGACCAAGAACAUUUCUGAAACACAGGGGAUCAUGUACUUCUUGGGGAAAAGGGAAUGGAACCAACUACUAUUGAGUUGGGAACUGAAACAGAUUCUACUUGAAUAUGGACCUUCCAGUUACAGAAAAAAGUAAUCUACCUUUGACUGUGGAUAUUGAUAUCAGAACGCCAAUGUCAAGAAUAUUGGUGCCUGUGAUCUAAAUUUAGCUAAUCCCCUUAUAGAAGCAGAGGCAUCGAAAUGUGAUUAUUCUUUGAAAUUUUAAGUAGCUCUAUUUCCACUGGGUAGGUAUAGUCCUGGAGAAUAAUGUUGACACGUGGAAUUGCUACAUUCAUUGGAUGUAAUUGUUCCUCCUCUCUUUAGGCAGUAUCAGUACUCUGUAGUCAACAGAGGACACCUGUUCAUUAAUAACAGGAUCCUUGGAAAAAAUUGAUAAACUUUUGUAUAUAGGUAGUAACUGAACUGCAGAAAAUACAUUUGCAGAAGUUAUCUGAUAAUCAGAAAUGGUAGCCAAAAGCCAAAGAAUUAUUAAGGUGCUUUCAGAAAAAAUGGACCCCAAAUUAGUGUCUUUCAGCUUCCUAGAAUGAACAGUGUCUUCAGGUCUACUCUCAUUGUAUUGUUCCUAUAUCAAUGAAGAUUGGAAAAUUAAUAGGGAAGUCAACACAAAAACCAGCAUAUGAAUAUUUGUAGCAGCUUUAUUCAUAAUUGUCAAAACUGGAUGCAAUCAAGGUGUCCUUCCAUAGGUGAAUGAAUAAAUAGAUUGUAGCAUAUCUAUACAAUAGAAUAUCAUUUAGUGAUUAAAAAAAAAAUGAUCAAGCUACAAAAAGACAUGGAGGAACUUUAAAUGCAUAUUGCUAGGUGAAAGGAACCAGUCUGAAAAGGGUACAUACUGUAUGAAUCUAACCAUAUGACAUGCUGGAAAGGCAAAAUUAUAGAGAUAUUAAAAAGAUCAUUGGUUGCCAGAGGGCUGGAUUCAGAGGGAGAGAUGAAUAAGUGGAGCCCAGGGAAGUUUUAGGGCCAUAAAACUGUUCUGUGUGAGGCUGUAAUUGUGGAUACACAACAUUAUGCAUUUUUCAAAAUUCAGAACUGUGCAAUAUAAAGAGUAGAUCCUAGAAUAGACUAUGGGUGUUUAUUAAUAUUCACGAAUCAAUAUUGGUUUAUUAGUGGUAACUAAAGUACCACACGGAUGCAAGGUUUUAAUUUAAACAUUUCAUGAAAUAUUUUUUUAAAUGAACAAGAAAUUCUAUUUGGUGCUAGAAUAGAAGAUGUGGAAAGUGUUAACUCCAGGGGUCUGAGUGACAGCAGGUCCAGUAGUAAGGAGCAGAGCUCCAGGUCAAGGACAUUAAUAUUUCUGUUGUUCCUUUCCCAGCAGAAACAUCUUAUCAGCUUCAGUGCACCAUAAGUGCAGAAAUUUCUCCCAAGCUUUUAGCAGGAGAAAAGGAUGCACUCAGCCAGAUUUCUGAGCAGAGUUGCCAUCCAGUUUCAUAUUGGUUAAAGGUUUGAGUUAGAGCCCACGGAAUGCAUUGACAGGCCAAAAACAGAGAAAUCUACAGCCCCAAAGUGGCAAUGACAUCCAUCUUCAUGGCCCUCCAACCUUCUACUGUUGAUUUUUCCUACUGCAGACCUGGACUGAUUCUCCACCCGGCUUUCCUCUGCAGGAAGCUCUUGAGGCUUUGCAUCAAGUUGGCCGAAAAGCCAAUCUAACUUCUCUUGUUUUGCUAGGAAGGAAUAUUGUGGUUGCUACAUAAUUGUAGGAAAGGAAGGAGAUCAUACACCAUUUCCUUAAAAAGGCUAGAUAGCCACUCCUGUAAGGAGGCAGUAUAUAGAGAAACCUGUGAGCAGAACUUUGAGCUAGAUAUUUUUAAAGAAUCUUUUUUUAGCCAAAGUAAUUUAUGAUAUCUUGUUUGAUAGUGUGUCUAUUCUACUUGUUAAAAUGUGGGUCUUUUGAAAUGUAGUGGCAGGGUGUGUGAACAGAAAAUUUUAUUCUCAUUAAGAUGAUGAAUUUGGACAUAAAAUGAAUGGCUUUAUGGGUGGUAUACCAUGUGAACCUCUGAAAUGCAGAAGAUCCUAGAAAUCCUACUCCCAGUGCAACUAAAAGCUGAUCAACUUCAUACUAAGGCUCUGUAUUUUGCUAUUGGCCAUGUUUACCUUGCCAGCUUACUCUUUUUAAGAGUACCAACUCUUAACCACAUUAUUUUGAAGUUUGAAUUAUUCCCACUGCUCUGUGUAUUAUGACUGAUUCAUUAAAGUGAGAAAUCAAAGACUAACUGAAUAAUUUAAAAAUGGAGGAAAUACUGUUGUAUUUGGACAUGUUAAAUUUUAUUGCAGGUUAAUAAUAAUCACUGAAACAUUCACAGAGGUUAUUGACUGUUUUGUGUAACAUGAACUUUGGUUAAGGCUGUGUAUGAGUAACAUCAGUUUUGUUUAUUUGAACUAAACUGCAGGAUGACAUGAUGGAUCUAUGGACUUGUAGAAUCAACACCCAUGGAUUCCAGUCCUUGGUCCUCAAGAAACUAAUUAGAUAGCUUUUGUACUGGUUGAGUCUCAAGUAUUUACAAAAUGACAGCUUUGGUUUUACACCCAUUUGUUGAAUUUUGCAUCUUGUUUUUUUUUAUGUAUAAACUCUGGAACUUCUCAUUUUCCAAAAACUUGGGACACCAUAAAACAAAGAAAUUUGUUGACCAAAAUAGAAUGUUGGUCUUCCUAAGAAAAUUUAAAAGACUCAAGUCAUUUGUUGUCAUGUUAUUUCUGUGAUUUUAAAACUAAGUUCCGAAAAUAUUGUAUUUCAUUAUUUUAAAAACAUUAUUUCACAUUUCAACAUCACUGGCAUGAGUGUGCAUCUUCAGUGGAUGGCAUAUCCUCAUCUUUCUUGGCAAUAAGUAAAAUAAUUAUACAUAUGAGAAAACAGAUGGCAUCCUAGCUUCCAUGAAAUGUUGUGUAUCCAUUUACAAGAAAUAUUUCCAUCCUGCCUCAGGAACUUCAGGUUGAAUGUUUCAUCUUUACUUAUUUUUUUUUAAUUUUUAGCUUAAGACCUGAAUACUGUUUUCCUGUUUGUGUACUUAUUUUUUAAUUUUUUAAAAGUAGAUUAUGAUGGAACCCCUUGAGGGUUAAAGAAAUGAUAUCUGUCAUUUUAAAUGGAAAAUAAUAGACGAUAUGCUUUUACACAGUCUUACCUCUGAAGAAACAAACACAGUCAUAAAAUGGAGUAUGGAAACUGAAAAAAAUUAAACUUUCCAAAACAGUCUGGUUUAUUCUGGGCACAGACUUAAUAACUCCGGCUGCUAGGAGAAGUAUAAUUUGCUGCCACGGGAAAGCUUAAAAUGUCAAACACAUUCUUAUAAAAUACAAUGUGAGCUGCCUGCAAAUGAGACCGUUCUUUCAACUGGUCUAUUUCCUAUUUCAGUGCAGCUUUCCUAAUUGUGGCACUUACUCAGAAUUGAAAGCCUCUCAGUUUGAUGUAAACAUGCAAAUCAUACUCCCUGCAUCAGUUUUCACAGGUAUUAAGCAGGUGUGGGGUGCUACAGACAAUGGGGGAGCUACCGGUUACUAAGGGGCUCAGAAUAUAUAAAAGCAAACUAGCCCAGAAAUGAACACAGAGCCCUGAAAAGGUGUCAGGGACUAAAAUGCAGAAGGCUGGCUAUCAGAGCACCGGUACCCAAGGACACAGCAGAGGUCACAGGUGCAGCCAGCCUUCCCCAGCAUCCCACCCAGAGCAAAGAGCCUGUAAACUGAUGUCACCAAACCCAUUUGUCCAAAGCUGACCCCUCCUGACCCGAACCAUAUGACAUGCUGGAAAGGCAAAUGUUUUUCUUCAUAUUUUAGAUAGGAUUCCAACAGCAUUGUCUGAUUUAAGUCCAAAGCAGACUAAAUGCAGCAAAUUAGAAAGUGGAAGCACUUACUGGAGAUGGGAACACUGAGAAUGAGAAGUGACAGCCAGCAAAGUAGGGCGGAAGAAGGAUUAAGAAGUACACUUUGGCCGGACAUGGUGGCAAACGCCUGUAAUCCCAGCAGCUGGGGAGGCUGAGGUGGGAGAAUUGCCUGUUCAAAGUCAGCCUCAGCAACUUAGUGAGGCACUAAGCAACUCAGUGAGACUCUAUCUCUAAAUAAAAUACAAAAUAGGGCUGGGGAGUGUGACUCAGUGGAUAAGUGCCCCUGGGUAGAAUUCCAGGAAAAAAAAAGAAGUACACUUUGCCCUCAAUAUCUGUGGUUUCUCAGAGACUGAAAAUAUUUGGAAAAAAAACUGUGUACUGAACUUAUACAGAAUUUUUCUUGUCAUUACUCCCUAAACAAUACGCUAUAACAUGAUUUCCAUAGCAUUUUCAUCGUAUUUGAUAGUAUAAAUAAUCUGGAGAUAAUUUUAAAAAUAUAAGAAGAUGUGCAUAUAUUUAUAUGCAAAUAUGUCAUUUUAAAUAAGGGUCAUAAGCAUCCUCAUAUUUUGGUAUCCAUGGGUGGAGUGGAGUUUCCAGAAAUAAAUCCCCUGGAACUUUAUUAAGCCUGGGAGAACAUCACUGCUAUUAUUGUGGCAAAUAAAAUAUGUUAUUUAUAGGCUGCUUAGAAUAAAAGUAUGUAAAAUAUGUUCGAAAGGUUUCCAUGAACGUUAUUAAAAUAUCGAAAAGGAUCAAUCUCAGCUUUAUCCAUUGUUAAAUAUUGUGACUUAGUGUUUACUUAAAUUGAGCUGGAUUUCGACAUCACUACCUAUUUAUUUAGCAUUGGACUUUCAGGCUAAUACAGAUGGCACACACACCAUUCAUUACAUAUGAUGGGAGCAGAUCAUGGUGCAGCUGGGACUUGUGGUCUUCAAAGUCCUUUUCUAACUCCUGCCCCACUAAUGGGGUUACCAGCAUGCCCACAGGGUAGAUUCCUGCUCAGGAGGUGUGAGCCGCCUGGGAAAUAAGAAGUCUGAAAUAAUCAGGCCUGUAUUCCCUUCAGAGACUCCUACCAAGUGGCUGAUCAUGUGAAGGACCAUGCUAUUUGAUUUCACUCCUACUACUUUUCAUUUACUUUACACAUUGAGUCAUGAGAAACAACUGUCACUCUCCAAGGGAGGAAACUGCCAUGAUUUACAAAGUCAAGAAGUAAUUUUCUUGUAACCACAAGAUGAUUCAGGAUGGAUCAUGAAGCUGCCCUGCUGGAGAAGCAGCACGUGCAUGAUGUGUAUGAGAACACGGCCCCCUACUUCAGCGACCUGCAGAGCAAAGCCUGGCCCCGAGUUCGCCAGUUCCUCCAGGAGCAGAAGCCAGGCAGCCUCGUCGCUGACAUCGGGUGUGGAACUGGAAAGUAUCUUAAAGUAAACAGCCAGGUACAUACCCUGGGCUGUGACUACUGUGGACCAUUGGUAGAGAUUGCCCGGAGUAGAGGAUGUGAAGUCAUGGUAUGUGACAACCUUAAUCUCCCCUUUAGGGAUCAGGGCUUCGAUGCCAUCAUCUCCAUAGGAGUUAUACACCAUUUUUCUACAAAACAAAGAAGAAUCCAAGCAAUAAAAGAAAUGGCCAGGGUUUUAGUUCCCAGAGGACAGAUGAUGAUUUAUGUUUGGGCAAUGGAACAAAAGAACCGACAUUUUGAGAAGCAAGAUGUGCUUGUUCCUUGGAACAGGGCCUUCUGUUCCCAGCCCUUCUCAGAAUCCAGCCAGUCCGGGAGAAAGAGGCAGUGUGGACAUCCAGAAACAAGCCAUCCCUACCACCCCCCUUGCCCUGAGUAUGGCUGUUCCAUUUGUUUUAAAGAGCGAUGUGAUUCCAAACGGUCCGACAGCGUGGACUAUGAACCUGUUAUGGCUAGGACCUGUUGUGGAAACACUUCAAAGGAAGGUGAGGAAGAAAAUGGCAUCUAUAACACAUUAGGAAGAUCUUUUCGUUCAUGGUUUUUCUCCAGAUCUUUGGAUGAGUCCACUCUGCGGAAGCAAAUUGAAAAAGUGAGACCCUUGAAAACCACAGAAGUUUGGGCCAAUAGCCCUGUAUCCAUCCAGCCUUCUCGACAUUCCAGUUUAGACUUGGAUCACCAAGAGCCAUUUUCAACGAAAGCAUCAAGCUUCGAUGAGGAAGUGUUUGUAGAAACUUCUCAAAAACACUUGGAGUGGCUGAGAGCUUCAGGUACUUCAAAGCACUUAAAUGGAGACCAUCAAGGAGAAAAUCAGAGAAAUGGAGAGGGGAGCCUUCGGGACAGCACCAAUACCAAUGAGAAUCAUGUGACUGCAGGUAGCUUAGAGGAAGGCAACCCUUCUGCCAGUAAAAUAUUGAGAAGGAUUUCUACCAUCGACUCUACAGAUUCCAACCCAGAUGACACAAUUUCUGUCCAAGAACAACAGCCUGACAUUUUGGAUUCCAGAGCCUUCAUGCGCUACUACCAUGUGUUUCGUGAAGGUGAGCUCUGUGACCUGCUGCAGGAGAACGUGACCGAGCUCCGUAUUCUGAGCUCCGGAAAUGAUCAUGGCAACUGGUGUAUUAUUGCAGAGAAAAAGGAAAGUUGUGAUUAGUUGGAUUGUUUCAGAGACAACUUCUCCAAAAGAUGAACCACGAUCUUUUCACUAAGUUAUGAAUGGUUACCUAAAUUUGCAUCCAAUUUUAUUAUUUUUAAACCCACAUAUGCUUUGCUCCAUAAAUACUACGAACUGAUAAUCUUUUAAAUCUUUGGGUAAGCACAACACCUUGCACCUAAAGCAUUUCACACAGUAUAUUUGUGCUUAAGUGUAUAUAAAAAGAUCUGAAGAAGCAAUAGACGAUGCACUUCAGUACAGUUUAGAUUUUAUUUUCCCCCCCAACGAUGAAAUUCUUAUGAGAAUAUAUGUAUAUUAGUUUUCAGUGUUACAUAUUGAUUUUAAAAGAUUCUGCUGUUAAGUAACCCUUUAAAAACAGUAUUUUUAUAAAGUAAGGGGGUAAAUUCUGGUUCUCAGGUAAUAAUUUAGCUCUAUGUGUAAGAUAACAAGGAAACCUAUUGUGUUUCUCAGAUGAACAGAAUAUUGAUACAUGAUGGGAUAUUUUAUUGUCAAGGCCUGACUUCUACUUAAAGUCUUCAGAAAAUUGAGAGACAAGGAAAAAAGAAACAGGUAGUGUUAUAGGGACUCUUUUCAAAAGGAAACUUCCUUUUCUUUUGAAGUGAAACUAGGAGAGACUAGUUGAAGCACUGUUUUAUUUUAGCUCUGAGGACAAAUAGAUUGCAAAGUUGCUGGAUAUUUGGCCUUGGUUGGGGGUUAUAACUGGGAUAUGUUGUUGGAUUUUUAAAAAACAAGAUCUGGGCAUUGAUCUUAUUGAAGAUGACCACAUUCUAUUAGUUAUAUUAGUGAUUUUAGGUAGAACUAAUUCCUAUUACUAAAAGUUGAAUUUCUUCCACUUUACAGAGAAAUGAAUAGUCUGGGUAUUGUGGGAUCACUGCAUCUAUUUAAUUUAACCUUGGAGAGAUAGAGGAUGUAGAUCAUCGUAGAACAUUUGCCUAGCAUGCAUGAGGCCCUGGGUUCAAUUCCCAGAACCACCCAAAGAAAAUAAAAAAGAUUUUUAAAUCCAUGUCAUGGAUUCUGAGACAUAAAGAUAAUCAAGACUGAACUAGAGACAGGACAAACACAAACAAAUUGACCCAGGAAUAUGGUCUCACUUCCUUAAUGAGGAGAAAUUGAAAAACCUUUUUAUUUCUAGGACCACUGUAAUCCUGUGUGAAAAUCCAAUUUUGUGUUAUUUUCCCACUAAAAAAUUAACUAAAACACUCGUGAAUAUCAUUUGUUUUGGAGUUCUCUUUUCCAUCAGCUAUUGUGCUGUAACCUAAAAUGAUGUUGUUUUGAAGAAAUUUCAAGGAUUAUUUUCAAAGUGCAUCUGCAAAUUAUUAAUAUUUCUAUCUUUUGGCUUCAAAAUAAGAUUGCGUCAUCACUGUUUUGGUGGGUGAGAUUCUCUGAUGGAAAUGAUACAUAUGAUUUGUAUCAUUUGGUGCAUAUUUUGCAUUAGAGAAACAAAGAAAGCAGACAUAGAAGUGCAGUAUAAAUUAAAAUUUAAUUUAGUGUGUCUUCCAUUUUUCAAAUUAGGAUAUUAAACUAUGAGCAUAAGUGGUUUUCUUGGUGGAAAUAAAAGAUUCUGAGUCAAAGAUGUUCUUACAACUGGAGCUUAAUGGCCUUUUUAUGAUGAAUGGAUUUUUCCUCUCUCUGAAGUCUGUUGUCACAUCUUUAAUCCUAGCCUUGCUAUGAGAAAUUUGAGCUUGAAGUCAUCUCUUUCUGGGUAGUAGCCUACUAUUUAAAGGUCAUUACAUGCAAUUCAGUUUAUCAGACUUGCCAGAAUAGCUUUUGAGCUAAUCUGUAUGACCAAUCUCUCUCUCUCUCUCUCUCUCUCUCUCUCUCUCUCUCUCUCUCUCUCUCACACACACACACACACACACACACACACACACUCACUCCAAUUUGUAUAGAAAGAUGUCUAGAAUGAUUCUUGGGAGAUAAUUAUUUUCACAUAAUUUUGACAGAGCUGUAAAUAAAAUCCACUGAUAAUAGCAAUAUUUUUGCUCUUCAUCUGUAGAGUACAAGAAAUCUAUGCAUCAAAAAUCAUUUGUGCAUAAAUAUUUAACCUGUGGCUGAUAAGCUGUCUUUGGGAUAUCCAUAUGAAAAACCCUUAAAUUCAGCUUUUGCCUUUGGAUUGGAGGGGAGGGGCGAUGGGAGGCCAUUAAAGAGCCAAACUAAUGUAAAUAUCCUGACCAUGUAAAAAUCUUGUUCAUCUUUAGAAUUGUCCUCAAAAGGAAAUGCAAGUCAUAAAUAAGUACAAAUGUAGACAACGUAUUUGUAAGUGUUUGGUCAGCCUCCACUGGCUUGAUUCUAGAUUUUACUGAUCUAGCUGAAGAACUUUUAAAAUUCUCUUCAUUGUUAACACUGGAUCAAAGAGUGUCCUUCUGCUUCCUUCUCUUUUACUUGCUGGCAUCAGUGUGGAACCCCACUAUCUCACAUAGAAGGGAGAGUUUGCAGGAUUAUUGGAGAGGCUUUUAAAUAAUUUUUCUGGCUCACUGAUGCCCACUGAGCUAUUUGAGGAAUUUUCUGUAAACAUCCAAAUAAUUUGAGAGGAAAAUGCAUUGACAUGACCACAGUAUACACCCAAAACAACAUUAUACUGGAAGCCAUACAAACAGCCUUUCUAAAUUAUUGGGUUGUAGUUGUUGGCAGAACAAUGAAAUAACACCAGCAUGGAACAGGUAACUAACAAACUAACCAAAUAUUUUGGACCCGUUAUAUUGUCUUGGUCUCCUUUUCUCAUCACACAUUCCUAUGCAGAAUAGUGUCAGUAUUUCAGUUUUCCUUUCUAUUUCCUCCCUAAUUCUAGAUACCAAGAGUUCCUCUAUAUGUAAACUGACCUUCGAUUGAAUGGGCAAAAACUGGAGGUAAUCCAGAGAGGAAAUAGUCAAAGCAUAAAUUAGUCAGGAACAUGAAUGUACUUGUUUAUUAUUGGCCGCCAAAAAAAAAGAAUGCACAGGUAGAUAUAUAUAUACACAUGAGUGUAUACACACACAUGCACGCACACACACACACGUGUGUGUAUAUGUAUAUAUUUGGUUAGAGAACAGAAAGUCUAACUCAACAGUUGAAAUUGGUGGGGGGGGGGAGGGAACCCCUUAAAAAUGAGCUGGGAAUGCUCAGUUUGGGAGUAAGAGGGAAAGAAGGACCAGUUUUAGCCUAGGAAGAACAAGUUAGGGCAAGCCUCAUUUUUCCUUUCCUGUUACAUAGAAAAUUUUGAAAUAAUAAUAACAGCUAGCUUUUCUUCAUCUCCAACAUUGCCAUGUCAAACUGGAACAUUUUUUAACAUUUGUUGUAUGUCUAUUACUAUGUGACAUUCUUUAGUUUGAGAAAAAGAAUAAAAACCCCCUCUUGUAGAAUCACAAUGCACAUAAGCAUAUUUAAGGCCUAUUAUAAGUAAACCCAAAUGUAUUUAACUGAGCUUGCCUUGAGCAUAAUAACAUCCUCUAGCACAAAUGCUCUGUGAAAAUAAUUUCACCAAAUAAUGGGUCCUAUAGAGUAAAAUGCAAAUUCUUUUGGAUGGCAUUCAGGCCCUUCAUAUUUCAGCUCUGACUUAUUUUUUAGCCUUCUGAAAUUGCACCUGUGUUUCCUAUUCUGUAAUCUGCAAUUUUAAACAAUGCUAUCAUUAGAAAUUACAUAACAACAAGUAAUUGCCCCACCCCCUAGGUAUACAUUCAGAUUUAAAAUACUAUAAUUGUAAGCCUUCUCCAAAAAACGAAUGCAUGAAAUGGGUUUCCUUCCAUUAAGCGACAUAAGAGAGAACUGUUAUUGUACACCCAUCCAACAGAUGACAAAGCAAGGGAAUAGAAGAGAAUUAUAGAAGCUUUAGUGGGCCCCAGAUUGGAAUGCUUAAUUUCCCUCAUCUCGACCUUAGCUCAGAUUUAUAAUUCCUGUUUUGCUAUUAUAAAUUCCAUUUGCAACCUCGGUUAUGUAUAAAACUGGAAUGGGAACAUUUAAAAAGAACUCUCAUCAGCCAAAGAUUAAAAUUGUAAUGAAAAUAGAAUAUAUUUGGCAUGAGAGCACGAACAGAAACCUAAGAUAAUCAAAGAGAAAAUACCGACUGAAUUGUACAGUUUUUGAUUCACCAGGGAACCCAUGGUAUGUGAAUGUGACACAAUAGGAAUGUGAAUCAUUUCAUUUAUACCCCAUAUUCUAUCCCCUCUUGAUAAUACAGGUUUUCCCCAAUUGAUUAUGCACAGAUAAUGAGUCACUUUAUCUGGGAAGGAUCGGAGCUGUCCUAUAAUAUGUCUCAGGGAUCUGAGACAAAUACAUAGUUGUUUUUCUUUCAACUGAAGUUGGAAAAAAGUAAAGCUUACCCCAGAGAAAUUCAUUAAUUAAUCUACAUGAAGCUGUAUUUUCUCCACUUGGAACAUUUCUUUUUCUAUGGAUAUUACCUUCACACAGGAAAAACAGUGAGUCACUGCAAUUCAUCUGUAGCCAGUGUAACUGAAUGUUGAAUUCCCAGAACAAAUUACAUUUAUGUUUACCCAGGAGAAAUUUGGUGAGAAGGACAGGCAUUUUUCUUAUGGGAGCUAAUCAUACCACUUCCACCUAGAUUUUCUAUGAAUGGAUAGAGAGGAGUUCCAUUAGCGAAGGUUUGCUUUUCUACUCUAUUCAUAUAGAACACUGGCAAUACAUAAAGCUCACUAAUGUGGACCUAAGUGGAAUAUCUGUGACACUCUGAAUAUGUGUAUGAGACUGUCCAUUUUCUUUAGAUGUUCUUAAAUAUGUAUGUAUGUAAAUAUGUAUACAUAUAUAUAUAUAUAUAUAUAUAUUCCUAGAUGUAGACAUAAUGUUUGCUGUCAUUCGACCAAGGAAAAAGUAGAGCUCUCUUGUAUACUUGCAAAAGCAUUAAAUUAAUAAUUACCAUAGAAAUGUAUUUCAUGGAAUAGAAAAUUUUUUUUUUGCUUCAGGAAAAUUUAAAGAGGAUUGUUAGAUGUUAUUAUGUCUCUUCUGGUGUUGACAUGUGUACUUGUGUCAAAUGUGCAAAAACCUUUUUUCGUACAAUAUAUGGUUACUUCAGCUUUUCCCAGAGGAAGCUAGCAAUAGUUCUAAAGCACAAAUUGAUAUAGACCAUCUUGACUCCUGUAAUUACUUGAAGAUAUUUUGUUUGAAUUAGCCAACUACAGACACAUUUUAUAUUAAAUAUUAUUUAAAAUGGCAUAAUUUGUAUGUUUAUAAUAUGUAUUAGGUUGCUUAUUUAAGUUAUGUGUCGGUGUACUUUUAAAAAAUAUCUCCAGAUGAACAGAAUUGUCCUUUCCUUCACUCUCGAGUAUGACAGGACAGGUGUCAUUUGAGUCAAACAGCCAACUCUCGUAACACUUCAACAGGACCAGGGACGCUCACAUUGGAAUUCUGUUAUCUUUGUCUAAAGGAAACCAAGUUAACCACUUAACGAUAGAUUAAAGGGUUAAUAAAAUAUUAUUGACUUAGAAAGGACAUAUUUAAAGAUCAAUAAAAAUGUAUUAGACUACACCA